AUGGACUAUCAGAAUCGAGUUGGAUCCAAGUUCGGUGGUGGGGGUGUCGCAGGGGCGUCAGAAACGAACGUCGACAGACGAGAACGUCUGCGAAAACUUGCUCUUGAGACGAUUGACUUGGCCAAGGAUCCCUACAUUCUACGCAACCAUCUCGGAUCCCUCGAAUGUCGACUAUGUUUGACCUUGCACACAAACGAAGGCUCGUACCUUGCUCAUACACAAGGCAAAAAGCAUCAGACCAACCUUGCUCGUCGUGCUGCCCGAGAUGCAAAAGACACGCAGCUCAUGAUCGCCCCCGCUCAGUCGAGCGUGCAACGGAAGGUCUUCCUCAAAAUUGGACGACCCGGAUACCGGGUGACCAAAGUUCGGGACAGAGACACCGGAAAGGAGGGUAUGAUGGUCCAGGUGCACCUGCCCCAAAUCAAGGAGGGUGUCCAACCUCGUCGACGAUUCAUGAGCGCUUGGGAGCAAAAGAGGGAGCCACCGAACAAAGCUUUCCAAUAUCUCAUUGUUGCCGCCGAGCCUUACGAGACCAUCGCCUUCCGCAUCCCUGCUCGCGAAAUCGAGGAUGAAGCGGAUGAUGCGGGCUAUUGGAACUGGUCACACUGGGAUCCCGACACAAAACAGUACAGCUUCCAGUUCAUGUUCAGAUUGGCUUAUUGA